AUGAUUGAAUUGAAAGGAAAAUCAGCUCUUAUUACAGGAGGCUCCAAAGGAUUGGGCGCUGCCGUGGCACGUCAAUUAGCGGCAGAAGGUGUAAAUUUAGUAAUAAAUUACAACUCUUCUGUUGGUCCUGCCCAAAAGUUGGCCGAGGAACUUAAAGAAGAAUUUAAGAUCGAAACCCACGUUAUUCAGGCAAAUGUGUUCGACGGCAAAGAAGUAGCAGCCAGCUUGGUCAAAAGUGCUUAUGAAAAGCUAGGAGGCUUGGAUAUAGUGAUAUCCAACGCCGGCUGGACUAAGAUUGUGCCCUACGACGAUUUGGAGGCAUUAGACGACGAGCUUUGGGACGGCUGCUUCGGAGCAAACAUCAAGUCACAUUUUUACUUGUACAAAGCGGCAAAGAAGUUUUUCGAUGCGAACGAAGAAGGAGGAGCUUUUAUUGUUUCGGCGUCCAUCGCAGGCCGCAUGGUAUACGGUUCAAGUAUCCCGUAUGCGGUCAGCAAAGCCGGCUUGAUUCAUUUGGUCAAGAUGCUCUCACAGAGUCAAGGCCCUAAGGUAAGAAUACACGCUGUUUGCCCUGGGCUUCUUUUAACGGAAUGGGGAAACCGCUUCCCACAGGAGAAGGUACAACAGACAGUUGAAGCUUCUCCGAUUAAGAAAUUGGCUGAUAUCGACGAAACUGCUGCGCAGUUCAUAUUACUAUGCAAGCUUGCUACUUCUACAGGCACGAUUGUUGGCAUUGAUGGUGGCAUUUACGUUUGA